AUGGCCACUGCCACCACCAUCCCCACCAAUGGGCACUCCUCCCCCUCACCUCCACUCGAGCAAUUGCCUUCCGAUGUCUCCCCGCAAUCCGACGUCUUCAAUGCCAGUUCCGUCACCGAGAUCAAAGCUGCUCUAUCCCGCCUACAUACUCAAGAAGCAUCUGUGACAGCUCGCCUCGAUGCUCUGGUCACCUCCCAAAAGGACCUCUCCCGUGAAUUGGGCCGACUCGAUCUGAUGCGCGCCCACAUCGGCACACAAACCAGCACCACCCGAUCCGUCAGUCAUGGUAUGCUUUCUGAAGCCGCCGGCACUGCAGAUCGCAUAUCCAGCGCCGUCCGUCGCCUCGACCUCGAACAGGCCCGCGUGAAGGCAACACUGGAAGUGGUGGAGCAGGUCGCCGAGCUGAAGGCUUGCGCAUUAGGUGUUGCGGGGUCAAUGGGUGCUUCCCAGGACUGGGAGACAGCAGCCGGCUACCUAAAUCGGGCGUCUCAAGUUCCUGCAAGCGUCAGAUGGUUCCUACGGCCGAGGUGCCGGACCCCCCCAAGCGUGACACUGGACAAUGCGGCGGAAUCCCUCUGCGGCCUAUUCCUGCGCGAAUUCGACAAGGCGGUCAAGGAGAGUGAUGGGGCAAAGAUCACUCGCUUCUUCAAGCUAUUUCCGCUUAUUGGACGGUCGGAGGUCGGAUUAGAUGUUUAUGGUCGUUAUGUUUGUCAAGGCGUGGCGGCUCGUGCUCGGGGCAUUCUCAACGCGAGCGCGGGUACGGCUAAUGAGGGGUUCUUCUAUGCCAAUACAUUGACAAAGCUGUUCGAGCAUAUUGCCCAGAUCAUUGAUGGGCAUGGUGGGCUGGUCGAACGCCACUAUGGCCCGAGGAAGAUGGGAAGGGUUAUCGAGCGGUUGCAGAUCGAGGCUGAUGUCCAGGGUGGCAUUAUCUUGGAUACGUGGAGCGAUGAGCGCCAUGUUGAUCGCAAACUCAUGGAUAUCAAAUCCUACGCUUUCACUUUCCUGGUUCAGAGCUUCCUCCCCGCGCAGCGCCCGGGUCAACAGCACUCUAAUUCGCCGGCGCCUGGGGCGGAUCCGACUCCCGAAGAUGAGGGCGUUGAUAUGAAGGAAAUCGAUGGCCUUCUCAGCGAGAUGGCAAUCAUGUUGGGUCGGUGGUCGCUGUACUGCCGCUUCUUGGCGGAUACAUGCAAUUCCCCUGCUGAAAAUGAGGGAUCUGAAGAUGAUGCGCAUUUCGCUCCUCCUGCCUUCCUAUCAGAAUCGUCGCUUGCACAGAAAGUCGGUGACAAGCUGGUCGGGCCGUUCAAUGCUAUGACAACCUUUUUCUUCCGCCGAUCCGUAGAGAAGGCCUUCCAGCUUGACGAGUCGCCAUCAGGAUUGAGCUUGAACAUGCGUCAACCAUUGAAGUCAGAACCUCCUCACAUUACAUCCGCCGUCGACGACAUCAUGUACAUCGUCAACAAGGUCAUCCAACAGUCUCUCGCAACCUCGCAAGAGGGUGUAGUAACCAACGUCGUCCCGACCCUCUCCCGCGUGUUAGGCUCCGACUUCAUCGGCAUGACGCAGCGCAAGAUGCGCGACGAAUGCUACCCACGCGCCGCAGUCCAAGGCGGCCAACCGCCCGAACAAAUCGUGAUCGCCUUCCUCGUACAAAUGAACAACCUCGAUAUCGCCAUCGACUAUAUCCGUCGCAUCGUAGCCAACAACACAGGCACACAGCAACAACAACAACCAACGCAAAGCAGUGGCGACAAAUCUACCGAGCCAGUCUCUGAACACCUACGCUCGCUCUUCCCAGUCCCCAGCUCCGCCCGACGCGUCGCGCAAACCUUGCAAACAUUGGCCACAUCCUUUGAAGCAAAGGUCAACGAGCUUCUCUCGGACGGCAUCCAAGUCGUCUUCAACAACGUGAUCAAACAACGUCUCCGACCGAUCCUCGCCGACGCAUUUAGAGAUAUAGAGUACCAACCUACCACCACCGAAGAAACAGAAUACGACGAAAACCGCAGCACCAAGGAAAUUGUCCGCCCCCGCUUUGCAACAGGCUGGUCCGACCUUCUCCUGCCCAUUGCGCGAAUCCUCACCCAGCAAGCCUUCGCCCGCCUGCUCACAGUGACAAUCGCAUACAUGGCCCGCCUGUUGGAGAAGAGACUCUGGUCUUACCAGGGUCGAGUGAACCCGCUCGGCGCGGCGAGAUUGGAGCGCGAUAUUUCGGGUCUUGUUAGUGCGGCUGUGGAUGUUGGUUUUGGAGCUGGUGGGGCUACGGGACGGUAUAGGCAUCGUGAGGCGUUUGUCAGGUGUGUGCAGAUGACGCUUGUUAUGAGUAUGGAUGAGGAUGAGUGGGAUGAGGUGCUUCAUGGUGGGGAGGCGGCGGAUGUUGUUGAUAAAUUGAGUCGGGAGGAGAGGAUUCGUGUUAGGGGGAUGGUUAGACGGGGGUAG